AUGUGUUUGAAUAGAUGGCCACAAUUCACUAAAUGCUUUCGAUGCUUAAGUCUUAAAGCGGGCGUGGUUUUGUUUUCAAUAUUUGAGUUGCUGCUUUCGUCUGCAAUCUUUGCGCACGUCGAACUCAUAGUGGGAGAUAUAGACGAAGAAGUUGUUUUCGUUAAUUGUUUGAAGGCUAUCAUGAUGAUACGAAUUAUAUCUACCUUUAUUCUCAUCAGUUCUUGGUCAGGUGUUGUAUUGAAAUGUAAUAUUGACUUGUUUCUACAAAUGUAUAUCUACGUCACAAUGACGUCGACAGUUCUACAUUUCAUUUAUUGUAUCACAUUUUUCUGCUUUGGGUUUGACACAUACUUGGUAAAAGUCAUUGUUCAACUAAUCCUGAGUUUGGUGGCAUACGCUGUGAUAGCGUACAUGUUGGUUAUCGUAAACAGUUUUCGGAUGUAUAUUACGUAA